AUGAUCCCUCAUCCAACCACCACAUCCAGAACCAACAAAAGAAAACGGCGAAAAGCUCCCAGAAACAACAAACCAAGAAGGAAAGCUCUGUACGUCCGAACUCCCAAUCUCUCAGAUAAUGACCAUGAAAAGACAUGUACAAAAUCCUCUCCCAUGACAGAAGGGUACACCUUCGUACCCAAGGGUGAUCCAUACAUAACCCGGCACUGCAAGUCGCGUACGAAAGACGAGGACAUGGUAGUGUAUAUCGUUUACGACGCGAAACUUCGCAGACAACUCGGCAUCCGCGUCCCCAGCCAAAUACAUACCGAAGUCCUCGAAAGCGCGAACGAAACAGCAGCCCACCGUGCAUCAGCAACCCUCCUCCGCGAUCGCCGGGAUAAUGUCAAAUCCCGCGCAUUACUCCUCGCCACCUUUCCAGCUAUACCACCCCAGUGUCUUGAAAAGAUCCUUCAACACGCUUUUUUAAAAGGCUCCGGAAGAGUAGGCAGAAUAUCGACCAGGACGGAAACAGAGAAAGCGACGCUGGCGGUGGAAGCGCAUAUUCGGCAUGAGCAUACGGAGUAUGAGCGUUUAAUGGAGGCAGAAGGCAUGGAGAGGGAGGGAGCCAGGGGGAAAGUGUGGGAGAACGUGAAGAGGAUUGGGGAUCAGUGGGCUGGAAGGGUUGAGAAGACUCAAAACAAUGAGGGAAGGACAGUGAAAGUGAAGGAAGUGGAGGUUAUUGAUUUGACUUGA